ACCGUCGUGCGCUCCGUUCAUCUGCGCUGCCGCGGUUCUUUUCUUCUCUCUGCCACAAAAUAAUAGUAAUCGAGUCUCACUAUCGGAAAUGCGCUCAGGAGCGACCAGCGGUGCGGGAACGGGACGCGAUUCCGGUACCGAAGUGUCAAAGGUCUGAUUUUACCUGCAGCGACUCCUCCGGUUUCACUGCAGGACGCCACACUGCGUCAGCAACAGCUGCCCUGCAGCCCCGGGCUGGAAGGAGAAGAAUUGCGUCCUCAGUGUAAGACUUGGAAGAAGACAUUGUUUUAUUUUUCUGUUUUCUUGGAUUCUGUGGAAAUAUUUCUGUUCCCGUGCAAGCUCCUUCUAGGGAAACCCCGGCAAGGCGGUAUCCCUUCGCAAUGCAAAGAUGGCGCCGCUGCUUCCUCCCCCAGGCACCGAUGCGUUUCGCCCCUUUACUCGGGAAUCACUGGCGAAGAUCAAGAGGCUCAAGGAGGAAAGGAAAAAAGCAGCAGAAGUAAAGGCUGAUGACGAGGAAGAACCAGCAACCCCGAAUGCUGAUCUGGAGGCAGGCAAGGGUCUGCCCAUGAUCUAUGGGGACCCUCCACCAGAGCUGCUCAACACACCCCUGGAGGACAUAGACCCCUUCUAUGAAACACAGAAAACAUUCAUUGUGAUCACCAAAGGAAACACGAUCUUCAGGUUCAACGCAGAACCGGCGUGCUACAUUCUGAGCCCCUUUAGUUUGGUUAGGAGAGGAGCCAUCAAAAUUCUCAUACAUUCAUUAUUUAGCAUGUUCAUCAUGAUUACAAUUCUAUCGAAUUGUGUGUUCAUGACGAUGAGCAACCCACCAGUAUGGAGUAAAACUGUUGAGUAUGUUUUUACUGGUAUUUAUACCUUUGAGGCAACAGUUAAAGUGUUGUCUCGAGGUUUCUGUGUUGGAUCUUUUACAUUCCUUCGAGAUCCAUGGAAUUGGCUGGAUUUCAUGGUGAUCAGCAUGGCUUACGUCACUGAGUUCGUUGACCUCGGCAAUGUGUCUGCUCUGAGGACGUUUCGUGUUCUUCGAGCCCUUAAAACAAUUACUGUGAUUCCUGGUUUGAAAACAAUUGUAGCUGCUUUGAUCCAGUCAGUGAAGAAAAUGGGGGACGUGAUGAUUCUGACAGUCUUCGCCCUUGCGGUUUUUGCACUCGUCGGUCUUCAGCUUUUUAUGGGAAACCUGCGACAGAAAUGUGUGCGAUGGCCCAUCCAAACAAAUGACACCAUGUUUGAAAUCUUUAACGCCACCUCUUCAUUCAAUAACACAGUGGACUUUAACAACACAACUGGUUUCAAUGAUACAUAUACCAACAGCACCUUCAAUUUCACAGCAUAUAUUGAAAACUCAGAGAAUCACUACUUUCUGGAAGGCAGCCAAGAUGCUCUGAUUUGUGGAAACAGCUCCGAUGCUGGGAAGUGCCCCGAAGGAUACACAUGCAUGAAGGCUGGGAGGAACCCAAACUUUGGCUACACCAGCUUUGAUUCUUUUGGCUGGGCCUUCCUUGCCCUCUUCAGGCUCAUGACCCAGGACUACUGGGAGAACCUUUUCCAGCUGAUCAUGAGGGCAGCUGGUAGGACAUACAUGAUGUUCUUUGUAGUCGUUAUCUUUCUGGGCUCCUUCUACCUCAUCAAUCUUAUCCUGGCUGUGGUAGCCAUGGCUUAUGACGAACAGAAUCAGGCAACUCGGCAAGAGGCCAUUGAAAAAGAGGAGGAGUUCCAGCGGCUACUAGAGCAAGUCAAGAAUCAAGAGCAGGCUAAGAUGCUCGGUAGCCAAGGCACUCUAACCAGCAAGAACUCGCUCAGCCAUCAUACUGGGUCCGAUUUGGCAGAUGAUGAACAGAGCCUCGACCGUGAUGAAAUUGUCAAAGAUUGCAAUGGGAGAAUUGUUCCACGUCUUAUUAUCAGAGCACCUACCAUGAAAGAGUCUGCCAUGGAUUAUGAAUGCAGAGAGAAGUCACUGGGCUCCGUUCACAGCAUGCUUCAACUGGACGAACCAUGCAUGACAGAGAGAACUGCUAGUGCUCUGACUGUGCUCACUGCAGCUGCCAUGGAAGAGUUGGAGGAGGCUCAGAGGCCAUGCCCACCUGGCUGGUACAAAUUUGCUGACCUUUUCCUGAAGUGGGACUGCUGUGCCCCCUGGGUGGUCUUUAAAAAGUGGGUAUACUUUGUUGUGAUGGACCCUUUUGUUGACCUGGCUAUCACUAUCUGCAUUGUGCUCAACACCCUCUUCAUGGCCAUGGAGCACUACCCCAUGACCCCGGAGUUUGACUAUAUGCUGUCUGUGGGGAAUCUGGUUUUUACAGGUAUUUUCACAGCAGAAAUGGUCUUCAAGCUUAUUGCUAUGGAUCCCUACUACUACUUUCAAGUUGGCUGGAACAUAUUCGACAGCAUCAUUGUCACACUCAGUCUGGUGGAGUUGGGGCUGGCAAAUGUUCAGGGUCUGUCAGUCCUCAGGUCAUUCCGUCUGCUUCGAGUUUUCAAACUGGCAAAGUCCUGGCCCACUCUCAACAUGCUCAUCAAGAUCAUUGGUAACUCAGUAGGGGCUUUAGGAAACCUGACUUUGGUGCUGGCCAUCAUUGUCUUCAUUUUCGCCGUCGUGGGCAUGCAGCUCUUUGGCAAGAACUACAAAGACUGUGUGUGCAAGAUCUCCUUGGACUGUGAAUUGCCGCGCUGGCAUAUGAACGACUUCUUCCACUCAUUUCUCAUCGUGUUUCGCAUCCUGUGCGGGGAGUGGAUCGAGACUAUGUGGGACUGCAUGGAGGUUGCCGGAACUGGGAUGUGUUUAGUUGUCUUCAUGUUGGUCAUGGUCAUUGGAAAUCUAGUGGUGCUGAACCUCUUUUUGGCCUUACUGCUCAGCUCGUUCAGUGGAGACAACCUUUCUGCAGGAGAAGAUGACGGAGAGAUGAACAAUCUCCAGAUUGCCAUUGGCAGGAUCACACGGUUCAUCGACUGGUUUAAAGCAUUCAUCAUUCAAACUGUCUUGCGGACUCUUGGCAGAAAGCCCAAGGAGCCUGACGAGGGCCCUGCUGAUGACGUCGACCCUAAAACGGAAGGAAUUGAAAUGAACCAUUUGGACACCGGUCAGACUUUGAAACUGCCAGAUGGGAUAUCAGAUUGCCUAGUUGAAGGCCGGCCUUCUGGAUUUAUUGUGGCUGGAGAGUUUAGUCUUAGUGUGCCAAUUGCCCAGGGAGAGUCAGACUCUGAAAAUCUGGGAGAGGACAAUGAGGAUGAUGAAGAUGAAACCAGUGAUUCCAAUGAUGAUAAUCACUCUGAGAGUUUAGAUGAGGGACAUAGCCAACAGAAUACCGAAAAUGUGAAAGAUCAAAUUAGUAUCCCAGGAAAUAUCAAACUGAUGGGUGCUCGGAAUGAUGAGGAUUCUUCAGUAUGCAGCACAGCGGACUAUCAACCACCUGAGCCUGAACCGGAAAUAGAAGAGCCAGAGCCACUGGAGCCAGAGGCGUGCUUCACUGACAACUGUGUGAGGCGCUGGCCAUGUCUGAUGGUGGACAUCACCCAAGACAAAGGCAAAAAAUGGUGGAACCUCCGCAAGACCUGCUUCACUAUUGUGGAGCAUGAUUGGUUUGAAACCUUCAUAAUCUUUAUGAUCCUCCUCAGCAGUGGAGCUCUUGCUUUUGAAGAUAUAUACAUAGAAAAGCGCCGAACGAUCAAAAUAAUUCUGGAGUAUGCUGACAAGAUUUUCAGCUACAUCUUUGUCAUCGAGAUGCUCCUUAAAUGGGUUGCAUAUGGCUUCAAGACCUAUUUCACCAAUGCCUGGUGUUGGCUAGACUUUUUCAUUGUAGAUAUUUCCCUGAUUAGUUUAGUUGCCAACUGGAUGGGCUACUCUGACCUUGGGCCAAUCAAAUCCCUCAGAACCCUCAGAGCACUAAGGCCUCUUCGAGCUCUAUCAAGAUUUGAAGGGAUGAGGGUGGUGGUAAACGCUCUUGUUGGAGCAAUUCCCUCCAUCUUCAACGUGCUACUCGUGUGUCUGAUUUUUUGGCUCAUCUUCAGCAUCAUGGGAGUUAAUUUGUUUGCUGGGAAGUUCUACCGCUGCAUCAACACCACAUCGGAGGAGCUUUUCCCCAUCACUGAAGUCAAUAACCGGAGCGACUGCAUGGCCAUCAAAGAAGUGACACAGGACGCCCGCUGGGUCAACAUGAAAGUAAACUAUGACAACGUUGGACAAGGCUACCUGUCCUUGCUUCAAGUGGCAACUUUUAAAGGUUGGAUGGACAUCAUGUAUGCUGCUGUUGACUCAAGAGAGGUUGAAGAGCAACCAUCCUACGAAAUCAACCUCUACAUGUACAUGUACUUUGUCAUCUUCAUUAUCUUUGGCGCUUUCUUCACACUUAACCUCUUCAUUGGUGUCAUUAUUGACAACUUUAGUCAGCAAAAGAAAAAGUUUGGAGAUGAAGACAUCUUUAUGACUGAUGAACAGAAAAAGUACUAUGAAGCCAUGAAGAAACUUGGUUCCAAGAAGCCACAGAAGCCAAUUCCUCGUCCAACGAACCUAAUCCAGGGCAUAGUGUUUGACUUCAUCAGUCAACAAUUCUUUGACAUCUUCAUUAUGGUCCUCAUUUGCCUCAAUAUGGUGUCCAUGAUGGUGGAAACAGAUGACCAAAGUGCAGAGAAGGAGGAUUUCCUCUUUAAGCUAAAUGUGGCUUUCAUUGUGGUCUUCACUGGAGAGUGUGUGUUGAAGGUCUUUGCCCUGCGGCAGUACUACUUCACCAAUGGAUGGAACAUUUUUGAUUUUGUCGUGGUCAUCUUGUCAAUAGCUGGUACGAUGCUCUCAGACCUAAUUGAGAAGUACUUUGUGUCACCAACUCUUUUCAGGGUGAUCAGACUGGCCAGGAUAGGCAGGAUUCUACGUCUUAUUAAAGGAGCUAAGGGCAUUCGGACGCUUCUAUUUGCCCUGAUGAUGUCCCUACCUGCUCUAUUCAAUAUUGGUCUCCUACUCUUCCUCAAUAUGUUCAUUUUCUCUAUAUUUGGGAUGUCAAACUUUGCCUAUGUCAAAAAGGAGGCUGGGAUUGAUGAUAUAUUUAAUUUUGAAACAUUUGGAGGAAGUAUUAUCUGCUUGUUCCAGAUUACAACAUCUGCAGGCUGGGAUGGACUUCUACUUCCGAUGCUGAACCGGGAGCCUCCAGACUGUGAUCCAGAUUUUGAGCAUCCUGGCACGAAUGUAAAGGGCAAUUGUGGAAGCCCUGGCAUGGGCAUGAUGUUCUUCUGCAGUUACAUCAUCGUCUCAUUCUUGGUGGUGGUCAACAUGUAUAUCGCGAUCAUCUUGGAGAACUUCAAUGUGGCACAGGAGGAAAGCAGUGAUCCACUCUGCGAGGACGACUUUGAGAUGUUCAAUGAGACAUGGGAGAAAUUUGACAUUGAUGGAACUCAGUUUAUUGAGUAUAGCCAGCUCUCAGAUUUUUGCGAUACCUUGCAGGAGCCACUGAAGGUUGCCAAACCCAACCUGUUCCAACUGAUUGAAAUGGAUCUCCCCUUGGUUGCUGGAGAUAAGAUCCACUACUUGGAUGUGUUGAUGGCUGUCACUCAGUUGAUCUUGGGAGACACAGUGGAGAUGGAAGCAAUACGGAAUAGCACUGAGGAAAAAUUUAAGGAUAGCAAAGACACCUUUGCACCAGUUAUCACAACGGUGCGCCACAAAGAAGAGCAGAGAGCUGCUGUGGUUAUUCAGAGGGCUUACCGCAGCCAUCUUCUGAGGCGCUGCUUAUGCCAUGCAGCUUUUAUGCAUCGAUCUAAGAAGAUGGGGAGAAAGAAAGAAGGUGACGAUCCACCAGAAAAAGAAGGGUUGCUUGCACGAAGGUUAGGGGUUCUCUAUGGGAGUAAUGCAGAGCUUGCUGAGGAAAUGGAGCAAGCUGCUUUAGAAACUUUGGCAAGACAACAGCCCUCUAAUCCUGAGGCACUGUCACAUUACAGAGAUGCACGGUGCUGUCCAGAAACCCCUGAGCAAAAUAUUGUUGUUGUUCCUGUAGAAGUCACUAGUGAGGUUUUAUUGCAUUCUGCCCCCAACCAACACCUCUUGACUCUACAAGCAAACCUGAGAGAGUCAGUUGUAUAGUAAACUGCAUAAUAUAAUUAUUUAUG